CUUUCUGAGAAGUUCUGCGCAAGCGCAUCGAAAUUAUUGAGUUGAUGGUCGCCUGCCGACACAGAUCCUCCGUCUUUUUGAGAUGAUUCAUCGUGACGAGCAUUUCAAGUUUUCUACAAAGCAACUCUGCUGAGCUGAUCUUCACAAUAUUAAAGAAGAGGAGUUGGAAUUUCAAGCGGUUCCUUUUUGGGGCACCCAGACCCAGAGGAAAUCUUAGCUGAGAAGAACAAGAGGAGAAAGGGAGGAGGAGUAGGAGGAGGAAGAAGAAGAGAAGAAGAGAAGAGAAGGAGGAGGAGUAGGAGUAAAAGGAGAAGUAAGAGGAGGAUAGAGAUGGAGGGGUUAAAAGGACUGAUCGUGGCAAUCUUUGCCUCUAUGGCAGUAUUAGUAUACAGUGGAUCAGCGCAACUUCAGACAAGAGAGAAGAUCUUCAUCACGGCCCCCAAUGUGUUUCGAGUUGGAGUGAAUGAGACUGUGACGGUGUCUGUAUUCAACACAGAUCAAGACCAAGAUGUUGAGGUUACUAUCUACCUUGAGAAGAGAGAAAGGACGAGAGGACUAGCAUGGCCGUAUUCAUAUACUACCGUUGCAGUACGCAGAGGUACACCAGUGACAACCAGUGUGCGUGUGGAGCCAGAGCAUUACUCCUCCCCGGCUGAGGGAGGGAACCAGUAUGUAUACCUGGUAGCUAGUGCCCCCUCCCUGGGAUUCCAAGAGGAGAAAGAGGUCUUGCUGAGUUCCAGAUCGGGAUAUCUUCUGCUUCAUACCGAUAAACCAAUCUAUACACCCAACCAAGAAGUGAAGAUUCGUAUGGUGGUAGUGGAUCAGGAUAUGAAACCAUCUUCAGAAUUGAUUCAUCUGAUGAUCUUGAACCCCCAAGGAAUCAUCGUAGAGCAGUUCAGAGAGACCAGAGCAGUCAAUGGAUUCAUGAACAAGACUUUCACUUUCAAUACUGAACCCAUGUUUGGGAACUGGUCUGUCACAGUCCUGCAUGGUCUACAGUUUGAGAAGAACAAGACGAUCAAGUUUGAAGUCAAAGAAUAUGUUCUUCCAAGAUUCACCAUCAAAAUAAACACCCCAGACUUCAUCUUAGAAAGCUCCAGCCGAGAGUCUCUAGACAUCAACUUUGAGGCAAAACAUGUCUACAAGAAACCUGUGGGAGGUAACUUCCAUAUGGAGAUUGGUAUCCUGCAACCAGACGGAAUUGUGGUUUCCAAAAGUACUACUGUAGGCACGCUUGAAAAUGGGAUCGGAACGUCCUCCAUCUAUCCCAGGUAUAACUUUGGUCUUGACUGGUUCCGCAGCUAUGAAGGAUGCAGGCUCAAUGUCGAGGUCGUAGUCACCGAGGCUUCGACAGGAGUCACGGAGCGUGCUGUAGAUAUCUCAACAAUGAUUGUACGGAGUCCCUACCGCUUCAGGACCGGCCAAACCGUACAAUAUUUUAAACCGGCACUACCUUAUGAAGUACAGUUUGAGUUGGAGACAGUGCUGGGAAAGCCAGCGCAGUACCUGGACGUGAACAUCGAGGCAUCCGCUCUGGUCCAGUCUCGUCGUCUUACUCUGAACCAUAACAUGGAUCCCAACGCUAACCAGCAAUCUACUGAUGCUAACGGUAGAGUGCGGUUCAUCUUCAAUACAACACAAGAUAUGAGCCAAAUCAAUAUAAGGGUAUCUACAGAGGAGAACAUAGAGCAAGAGAAUGCUGUUUUUCAGUUUGAUGCUAAUCCAUACCAGUCACCCGCUGAUGAUGAUUACCUGUCUAUUAGCAUCGAUCAAACUGUUUUCAGGGUUGGAGAUGAACUUUAUGUGGUUGCCAGGACAACAGCCUCUACUCCCAUUGACAAUCUUAAUCUACUGUUCUUAUCACAAGGUAAGGUGAUCUUGGCCAAGAGCAUAGACCAUAUGAUCAACAACCCAGAGCGGGUGUUUUUCAGUGUGUCCUCUGACAUGGUUCCAAUGGUUCGUAUCAUAGCGUAUUACAUCAACCAACUGGAUCAGGUCGUAGCAGACUCCAUCGCUCUCAAGAUUGAGAACACCUGCAAACACCAUGUUGCAAUCAACAUCAAGGAAGAAACCAAUGAGGAAGGUGCGUACCUGCCUGAAACACCUGUAACUCUGCUGGUAGAUGCCUAUCCUACAUCCUAUGUUGGUCUGCUUGGUGUAGACAAGGCUGUCUAUGCUCUCAACAACAAACAUAGACUCAGCAGAAAAAAGAUGUUUGAGAUGAUGCAGACAUACGAUAUAGGCUGUGGUCCUGGAGGUGGGCCUACUUCACCAGUCAUCUUCAAAGAUUCUGGUCUGUCUGUUUUGACCAAUGCACUGCUAGCUGUCCCUGCUCGGGAAGCUCUUACAUGCCAGCGUGUAUCAUCAUCUAGAAGAAAAAGAAGUGCUACACAGUGCCAGUCAAAUUCCCGCAGCAGAAUUGAGUAUUGUUUGAACCAGCUGGAGCGUCGAUGUAACUGUGAUGAUAACCUGACCACUACUAAGAUGUUCAAUAGAAUCCAACGAUGGUGUACAUGCGAGACGAUUGCCUCCAAGCUGGCCUCCAAACUACCCCCGUAUUGUCCACAAGCUACAGAACAAGACAUCGAGGAUUUCUCCCAAUGUUGUGAGCUGAUGAACAAAUGGCGAAUAGGUAGUGCCCCUCUUGGUGUUGAUGUUCUGGAUAGUAUGGAUUCAAUCAGCAUUGGAGAGGAUUCUACAGACACAUUUGAAGAGUUUGGGAUGGACGUCAGAUCUGAUUUCAGAGAAACGUGGCUCUUUGAUCUCAUUAGAGUUGGUGCACCUGGGCGAGCGUCUCUAGACCUUCAGACUCCUGGUAGCAUCACUGAAUGGAGUCUACAAGCAGUAUCAGUCACACCUACAGGAGGUCUCUGUGUUACUGACCCACUCGAUGUGAACGUCUUCAAGAGUCUAUCCAUUCAACUUCAACUGCCGUAUUCAGUGGUCCGUUCAGAGCAGAUUGAGGUUCUAGCAACCAUCUACAACUACAAUGCUCAGGGUGCAACUGUGAGAGUAUCAUUCUACAAUCCUAAAGGAACGUGCGGAGAGUCUACCAACCCUUCUCAGCCAGCUAGGAGGACUGUUCAUGUUGAAGGAUUUAACUCCCAGUCUCUCAAGUUUGUGAUUGUUCCCGUUGAGAUCGGAGACCUACCCAUCACAGUCACAGCCACAUCAGACGUGGGCAGUGAUGGAGUGCAGAAGAUCCUUAAUGUUAUUGCUCAUGGAGUACCUCAAUCUGUGGAUCACUCUGUCAUGUUAGAUCCAUCAGGGAUCUAUCGUCAGCAACGAAGAUCACCUCGUCUUAGGGCUGCCAUGAUGGAAGACAUUCAGAGUGAUCAAGUUCUAGAUACAGACAAUGGUGUGCAGUAUAACAUUCUAGACCUGCGUCCACCUGAAAACAUCAUCCCUGGAACGGAGUCCGCUGUACUUUCUCUGAUUGGGAACAUGCUUGGUCCCAUCCUGGUUGAUCCUGUGGCAAACUAUGGUGAGUGGUUAGCGUACCCCCGUGGGUGUGGAGAGCAGACCAUGAGCAUUGUGGCUCCUACUAUCUUUGUUCUCAAGUACUUACAGACUAUGAAGCUUAUGAAUGAUUCCUUGGAGGAGAUGGCUAUGGAUCGCAUCUCUAGAGGUUUGGCAAGUGUUUUGUCUCACAGACGUGAGGAUGGCUCAUUCACCAUCUGGGGUACCAAUGUACUCUAUAGCAGCAGUACAUGGUUGACAUCAUUUGUACUGAAGGUGUUCUCCCAUGCAAACACGCUCACACCAGUCGAUGAGAAUGUAACAUGUAAAGCUGCUGAAUGGUUGGUCCUCAAUGCUCAGAAUCCUAAUGGAUCAUUCUCCGAGCUCUACAAGGUUCAUCAUACAGAGAUGACGGGUGGUAUAAGUGGUGAGGCAUCGAUGACUGCUUAUGUUCUAAUCGCUCUCUACGAAGGACAUUGGUGUGAUGGUAUGCACAGGGACUUUCCUUUGGCUCUGCGUAAUGCCCAGAGUUUCCUUGAGCGUCAGGUCAAGUAUCUGAGCCGACCUUACGCUAAGGCCAUCGUGACCUAUGCCUUAGCUCUCUCCAGGAGUGCCUAUGCCAGCGAUUCCAACAGAAUGCUCAGAAAUGAUGCCAUUAUUCUAGGAGAUGGUAGUCGUUACUGGACGCCCAACGAGGCUGACCUAACCAAUGAGGAUCUACCUAACUGGUAUCGCUUCAGACCAUCAGCCAUCGCUAUAGAGACCACAGCGUAUGCUCUCCUUGCUCAGCUAGAGCUGGGUGAUAUCACGUAUGCUGGUAGCAUUGCACUGUGGCUCAGUGAACAACAGAACUAUGAAGGUGGAUUCAUAUCAACUCAGGACUCUGUACUUGCUCUUCAAGCUUUGACCAGAUAUUCAGAGAUGGCUAAUGGCGGAAUUGACAUUGACCUUUCUUGUGUCGUGACCUCAGAGGUCGAUGAAUCCUUCCACUAUGAACAUCGCUUCCUUACCCAUAAUGCACUUGUCAAGCGAGAAGUCGCCGUACCUGUUGGUGGUCGUCUUCGCAGUCGAUGUGAGGGCAAAGGAACAGCUAAACUUGCAGUGAGAAUGAAGUUCAAUCGCCUACCCAGCUCCCAGGACGUGUGUCCAUUCAACGUGACAUACAACGCCCGUGAAGCCCGGACUGGUAUGGAUCCCAUCAGUAUCAGUAGAUCUCGUGUUGGGAUUGCCCCUCGAUCCACCACUACAUCAGCUCAGAUGGCGAGGGCUAAGGGAGAUCUGGUAGCUACCAUAAGAUUCUGUGCAAGAUACACCCAGAACACAAGAACCAACAUGGGAAUCAUUGAUGUGGGACUGUACUCUGGUUUUGUGCUGGUUUCAGAACGCCUUGAGGAUAUGGUUCAGACUGAUCACCUUCAUCUUGUACAGAGGUACGAGGUCUCACAGCGUUCUGUAAUCUUCUAUCUAGACGAGAUUCCAGCUGAUCAAGACAUCUGUAUGGAGUUUAAUGCUAGGAGAGAGAUACAUGUUGGUAACGUCCAACCUGUAGCAAUCAGGGUCUACGACUACUACUCACCAGAUAAAUCCUGCACAUCAUUUUACCACCCUCUUCAGGGGAAUACCCAGUUACCUACUCUGUGUAACAGUGCUGAUCAGUGCAUAUGUCCUAGUGAACGUUGUGCGUUGUGUACCAGAGAGCCUGGUAAGAGCUUACUCGACAAGGCUUGUGAAUCGAGUGAUAACUAUGCUCUGAGAGUGACCAUGAUGUCACAAGAGAGAAUCAGUGGAUACACAGUCUACAUUGGCAAUGUCACAAGGGUUGUCAGAACAGGUCAAGACGAUGUGAGUCCUGGAAUGCUGAGACAUUUCUACAUCAAAGAGAGAUGUCCUUGUCCUAGGAUUAAACUCAAUGGUGAACACACUAUCAUUGGAUCAGCAGGUCUUAGUUUCAUCUCAGACACAGGAGCAGAUGGCUACAAGUAUCUGUUGGACGACAGGAGUAUCGUGGAAUGGUGGCCAACAAAACUGAACAAGAAAAAGAACCUCGACAUUCAGACAAAACUUCUCAACUUUGAGCAAGAUGCCCAGCUGUGUACAUGAGUCCAUCUUCAUUGAUUUUUUUAAACAUAUCAAGGACUGUGGACGGUGCAUUCAUUUUCAACCGUGUCUGCUGAACUUGAUCGAAGUCUUCCAAGUUUAUUGCAUUAUUUGAAAACUUAUUUGGAAAUAUGUGAUCUUGCGAUUAUUCAAAUACUUUGCGGCUCAUACAGUAUGUAUAUGCAUCCCAAUGAAAGAAGUUUCAGAUUAAACUAUUUUUAAUUGAAACAAGAGUUUGUUUGACGUAUAGUAGCUCCAAGAAUUGAAUUUCAAGUUUUUUUCUGUUACACCGUGUAUGGUAUCAUCCAAAAAGUCUUUUUGGCCUGUACCCAAGAAAAUAAUGAAACACAUUGCAUUAUUCUAAUACUUCUUAUCUGAAAAUAGUUAAUAAAACAUUUAUCAUCAACACUAUAUUCUACGAAUGUACAUUCAUAUUUUAUCAUGCUCAAAUUCGAUUCUAAUUAAAUGUACAUGUACAUUACAUAGGCUUCCACAUAAUUAUGUAAAAAUGAAUUAUUUAUAAAUCAGUGGCCUUAUUUUUUUAAUGGUAGAAAAAUUGAACAUUGUCUCAAAGAUUUUUCAUAGGUUCCUUUGUGGGGAAAACUGUUAAAGGUACUAUUCUUCCCUUUCUUAUUCUCAUUUGUUUUAAAGUAAUUUAUGCAACUCCCUGUAAUCUACAUCGCUGUGUGUUUUCAUCUUAUUUUAUGUAAAUAUUGAAUAUUGUAUUGUUAUUUUUUGUACUAUUUGUGGCUGAAAUGAAAUCUCUUAAUCACAUUUAUAUCAUUCCUAUUCAAAGAGAUAAUAUUUUGUUAUUUUUAUAAAAACAAAAUAUAAGAUUACUCUUCAUAACUAGAAGGGUUUUGUUCUUUCCAAAGCUGUUUAAAUUGUGUUUUUAAUGAUAUCAUAAAACUGAAUUUGAAGUAUUGAUCAAAUUGAGCCUUUCUUGACUAAAUUAAUUACAUAAUAGAGAAUACAUUGUAAUUCUGUUAAUUUCUAAGGCAACCCAUGUUUAAUAAAUAGUGAUUUAUUUAUUAUCAAUGAAUAAGCCUUUUUGAAGAAAAGAAAGUGUAAAUGAAUGGUUUGACAUCAGUAUGGGGGCAAGGAUGAGUAUGAAAAGUAUUUCUUGAGAUGAAAAAGUGUGGCUUUAGAAGGGCAAGGAAAUUCCAUGACUAUUUGAAGACAAUCUACACAUGCACAUGUACCGUGUGUAAAAUCUAGGCAGGGAGAUGAGAAAUAAAGAACACAUUUUUUUGGUGCUAAAUUUACAGUAAAACAAUUUUAAAUAACUCCUUAUUAGAAGUGAAAUAUUCAUGUUUUAAAGAAAAGUGUGCCCAUUUUAUGAAAUAAUUUUAAACAGUCAUCAUUACCUUGAUAGUCAAUUGUAUUUGAAAUUUACAAAUAUACUAUUUUUAAAAGGGCAAUUUAUUUGAAGGUUCUUGAAAAAUAUUUUAAAGAAUAUGAUACACUUGUAUGAGUGGACUUUUAAUCUCAAUUCAAUGUAAUAUUUACAUUUCAUGUACAUGCAAAUGUUGGUGUUUGGUAUUUAUAGGAAACACUGCUUAUCUUCAUGUUCAUACAUUUAUGAAGUCACAGACGGAGAAGUCUGGUCUCUAUUAUCAAUAAUCCUAACACCCCCCCCCUAUGGUCUUCUUUGGAGACAUUCAAGUAAAUAUUAAUGUCGUAUGCAUCCAGUAAAGGUCACAAGGUCAAUUUUAAUAAAUGUGAUUGAAGAUGAAAGCAAAAGUCAAAGAAAACCAUUCUAACAGAUUUGACAGAUUGUUGAACAGAUAUAACUUAAAUGUACCCAAUGAUUAGGACCAAUUUUAUAGUUAAUCAAAGUCAGGGUUUUUAGUGAUGCUUGUAUGCAGUGUCACAUUAUGUAAAUAUAUAUUAUAAUAUGCAAAAUAUUCUGCUUUGUUAUACAGAAUGCUAUAUCAUGUCAUGAUUUGUACUUUUUUGCAUUUAAAAAGUAUUCAUAAUAAAAGAAUUUUAAACUAUGCAACUU